GUACUGUGUGCAAAAAACUUGGUGAAAAAGGAUUUUUUCCGACUUCCUGAUCCAUUUGCUAAGGUUGUGGUGGACGGAUCUGGCCAAUGCCAUUCUACAGAUACUGUGAAGAAUACACUUGAUCCAAAAUGGAAUCAGCAUUAUGACCUAUAUAUCGGGAAGUCAGAUUCAAUAACAAUCAGUGUGUGGAAUCACAAGAAAAUUCAUAAAAAGCAGGGAGCUGGUUUUCUGGGUUGUGUGAGACUUCUUUCAAACGCAAUCAACCGCCUUAAAGACACUGGUUAUCAGAGAUUGGAUCUGUGCAAGCUUGGGCCAAACGACAAUGAUACUGUUAGAGGACAGAUAGUCGUAAGUCUUCAGUCCAGAGACCGAAUAGGCACAGGAGGACAAGUGGUGGAUUGCAGUCGGUUAUUUGAUAAUGAUUUACCAGAUGGGUGGGAGGAGCGGAGGACUGCUUCUGGAAGGAUCCAGUAUUUAAAUCAUAUUACACGAACAACUCAGUGGGAGCGACCAACACGGCCAGCGUCUGAAUACUCCAGUCCAGGCAGACCGCUGAGCUGUUUUGUGGACGAGAACACUCCAAUUACAGGAACGAACGGUGCGACCUGCGGGCAGUCGUCGGAUCCCCGGCUGGCGGAGAGGAGAGUCAGGUCACAGAGGCACAGAAAUUACAUGAGCAGGACACACUUGCACACUCCUCCCGAUUUACCUGAAGGAUAUGAGCAAAGGACGACUCAGCAAGGUCAGGUCUAUUUUCUACAUACUCAGACUGGUGUUAGCACGUGGCACGAUCCAAGAGUACCUAGGGAUCUUAGCAACAUCAAUUGUGAAGAGCUUGGUCCACUGCCUCCUGGAUGGGAGAUCCGAAAUACAGCAACAGGCAGAGUUUAUUUUGUUGACCAUAACAACAGGACAACACAGUUUACAGAUCCACGGCUAUCUGCUAACUUGCAUUUAGUCUUAAACCGCCAGAAUCAACUUAAAGAUCAGCAACACCAGCAGCAGCAGCAGGUAGUGUCCCUGUGUCAGCUUCCAGAUGAGGCAGAGUGUCUGACUGUGCCAAGGUACAAGCGAGACCUAGUGCAGAAACUCAAGAUCCUGAGGCAAGAGCUGUCACAGCAGCAACCUCAAGCUGGCCAUUGUCGUAUUGAGGUCUCCAGGGAAGAGAUUUUUGAGGAAUCCUACAGGCAAGUCAUGAAGAUGAGGCCAAAAGACCUGUGGAAACGAUUAAUGAUAAAAUUUCGUGGGGAGGAAGGCCUCGAUUACGGAGGUGUUGCCAGGGAGUGGCUCUACCUGUUGUCACAUGAAAUGUUGAAUCCAUAUUACGGCCUCUUCCAAUAUUCCCGAGAUGAUAUCUAUACACUGCAAAUCAACCCAGACUCUGCAGUCAACCCGGAACACUUAUCGUAUUUCCAUUUUGUUGGACGGAUAAUGGGGAUGGCUGUGUUUCACGGACACUAUAUUGAUGGGGGCUUCACGUUGCCUUUCUACAAGCAGUUGCUAGGGAAGCCAAUUACUUUGGAUGACAUGGAAUUGGUUGACCCCGAUCUUCAUAACAGCUUAGUCUGGAUACUUGAGAAUGAUAUCACGGGAGUCUUGGACCAUACGUUUUGUGUAGAACACAAUGCAUACGGGGAAAUUAUUCAACACGAACUGAAACCCAACGGCAAAAGCAUCCCCGUGACAGAGGAAAACAAAAAGGAGUAUGUCAGACUUUAUGUAAACUGGCGAUUUUUACGAGGAAUUGAAGCUCAGUUUCUGGCUCUACAGAAGGGAUUUAAUGAAGUAAUCCCACAACAUCUGCUGAAGACAUUUGAUGAGAAAGAGUUAGAGCUCAUCAUUUGUGGACUGGGAAAAAUUGAUGUUAAUGACUGGAAGGCAAAUACUAGGUUAAAACACUGUACACCAGACAGCAACAUCGUGAAAUGGUUCUGGAAAGCUGUGGAGUUUUUUGACGAAGAGAGGAGAGCGAGACUUCUCCAGUUUGUGACUGGCUCAUCCAGAGUGCCUCUGCAGGGCUUCAAGGCAUUACAAGGUGCUGCAGGCCCACGACUCUUUACAAUACACCAGAUUGAUGCCAGCACUAAUAAUUUGCCGAAAGCUCAUACCUGCUUUAACCGAAUAGACAUUCCUCCUUACGAGAGCUAUGACAAGCUAUACGAGAAGCUGCUAACUGCCAUUGAAGAAACAUGUGGGUUUGCUGUGGAAUGACCCUUCACAGGCUUACCUGAGACUCUAUUUAUACUCCUGUCAGCCAGAAAGCCCUUCCCUCAGCCAAGACUCAAGAAAUGCUUGAAAUACAGGAAACUUUCCCUUUUCUACACUAGGACACUGGGAGGGAAAGGACAACUUUGGAAUUUUUUUUUUUAAUUUUAUUU